AAAAAGACCCUUCUCAAAGAGAACAUCGUGUUGUUCGUGAUCCCUUACAAACGUACCCCAAUCAAAUCUAACCAUGUCUGGCCGUGGAAAGGGAGGAAAGGUAAAGGGAAAGGCAAAGUCCCGUUCCAACCGUGCCGGUCUUCAGUUCCCCGUUGGCCGUAUUCAUCGUCUCCUGCGCAAGGGUAACUAUGCCGAGCGCGUCGGUGCCGGAGCACCCGUGUAUCUGGCAGCCGUCAUGGAAUACUUGGCCGCUGAAGUGCUUGAGUUGGCCGGAAACGCUGCCCGUGACAACAAGAAGACGCGCAUCAUCCCGCGUCAUCUGCAGCUGGCCAUCCGCAACGACGAGGAGUUGAACAAGCUGCUGUCCGGAGUAACCAUCGCUCAGGGUGGUGUGCUGCCCAACAUUCAGGCCGUGCUGCUGCCCAAGAAGACCGAAAAGAAGGCUUAAACGGUGUGACAAAGCUUCCUUCAUCUCAAACCCAAAACCGUCCUUUUCAGGGCGACAAAUUACUUUGCCAAAGACAUUUUAUUCGAUUUAUGCUGUUAUGGGAGAACCAGAAGGAAAAAAAAUCCAGAUAUAUCAAGAACCGUGCUUGAAACUGUGUACAAAAUGUAAAUGAAAAAAUGGGCCGUCCUUUGGCACAAAAAGCAUCCCUUAAUAUUUUCAAUUCUGUAACCUCUCACUACGAAUUCUACAAAAUGCAGCAUAUCAUAAGCGAUGCAUAAGAUUUUCCAGGUAGCUUGUUCAAGAGGGUUGGUUUUACCAUAUACAUGCAACCAGUGAUACCUGCGUGUUGACCUUUUUCUGAAAACAGUAAAGGACACUUUUACCUGAUUUAUCGUUAACCACGGGAAAAUGUUGAAAGGGUCGAUUGUCGAAAAAUGUUGUGCGUUUAGGUAGCCUUAGGUUCUCACAAAAGUUUGGCUUUCAAUAUAUCGGGAAACGUUGACAAUGGCUUUAAAAAAGUUGGACCAAAAAUUAGGAAGGUUCAAAUAAACAACCAUACUUAUUAAUGUUUCCCUUCACCCUUCAUCUUAAUCACCAGUUACCCAAAUUUGUGAAGCAUUUUAAAGUGUUUCGUUGUUUGAAACAAUAAAAUGAUUUGCAAUGUAGGAAUGCCUAUAAAAUACAAAGUAUUGAAAUGUCCUAACGCAUAUGCAACUCCACAUUCAAUAACGCCAUCUAGUGGUGAUCAAAGUCCCUGCAACCAGUAGUAACGCCAUCUAAAUAAUUGGUAAAAGUAAGGCUCAGUGAUCUACGUUACAUAUAAAAAGCGUUACAUGCCUUUUAAAAUUUCCAAACAGUAUUUUUGAAAAGUUCAUAAACACCCCAAAAGCUUUCAAUUUUAGUAACAUUUCCUAUGAUUAGAAAGUAUAAAAUAUUAAAAAUAUUAAUAAAUUAAUAAACUAUAUGAAAUAUAAAUAUUACCUAUUCAUUCUAUGUUUCCGCCUAUUGUGAAUAAACUUUACUUUAGGUGCGAGGGCUCUUUUUUAAAUUGAGGUUAAUGAAGGUAGUAAAUAUUUGUAUGUAUUUCAUUAUCCUGCUUUAUCAAUGCGAAAAUAAAUAAAUAAUCAUUUUUAAAAGUAACCAUUUUAUAUGUGUAAGAUUGUUAUAAUUAUAAUACGUGAAGUUGUUACAACUCUGAUUGCUGUUAAAAAUGAUAGCCUAAUAGUAAUAAUAUAAUUUAUUUAUACUCAUGAAUUAUCAAUGAGUGUUAUCUUU